AUGGAGAAGAACGAAAUUAGUCGGCCGUUCCGACAGAAUGAACAGCCGCGGUUAAAAAAGCGUGAGCGACCAUCAAAUACAGGUUCUUCAUUACUGACUGAUGUUGAAAACGCAACCUUUUUUGGACUGCUUGGUAAUGGCCGUUAUUCGUUAGCCGCAGGAAUUAUUGAGUUGCUGAGGUCGGAUCCACGUCGACCAAACCAAUGGAUGCAUCAGUCGGCUGGCAUUAUUGCAUUAGUAAAAGACUAUGAGAAGCGUGCUUAUUUUUUACGACUUUAUGACCCAUAUCAACGGCAGUGCAAAUGGCAGCAAAUGUUGUAA